AGUAUUUUGGGUAUAUGACUAUUCCCAAAUAUAGUUGCAUCUGUUAUAUUAUGAAUUUGCCAAAACUGAGCUUUCUGAAGAUUUCUAAGCCGUCGUGACCUUAAGACAGCAGACAAACUACAGAUAUGUUUCUGGGAGGUUUGAAAGAGAGGACGUCCACCCAUGCAGUGGGUCAAAUCCCUGUAUUCUCCACCUAUAGGCCGCUCAUUGUGUACCAUACGAUGCACAGUGCUGACCGAUAGGAAUACAGCCGCUUGAGCUCCAUUGUGCGGUUCAAUGUGUCUGCAUUCACACGCAGCGCGGGCGCGCGCGCGCGCUCACGGCUCCAUCAAAUCCAAUGCGCUGACGGUGCAAAAUACUGCACUAUCCUGGACUCACAAUAAAGAGAAUGAUCUCACAAACACACCCAAACACGCACACACACUCCAUUACAGGUCCUUCUAUCAGUUUCAGCGUCGCGACGUGCACCCAGCUGUGAUGGUCGCUAUAAAAUAGAAGCGCCAAAUAAUCAAAAAACUCCUCGCAAAACGGGACUGACGAGCACCACUGUAAAAUAGGACAGGUGGAGAUUCAGGAAAGAAGAUGAACAAAGUUACCAAGAUCCAAACAAACCCUACAACGUCUGGCUUAGACAUGGCUCCUUGCUUUAAGGUGACCGUGUUCGAGCAGGAGCAUUUCCAAGGCAAGUGUCAGGAACUCACCUCAGAGUGCCGCAACAUCCAGGAGCGUGGGUUUGACAACAUCCGCUCUAUCCGUGUGGAGAGCGGCGCCUGGGUGGGAUACGAGCACCACGACUUCCAAGGGCAGCAGUUUGUCCUGGAAAAAGGAGAAUAUCCCCAUUGGGAUGCCUACACCGGCAGUCUGGGCUACCAUGUGGAAAGGAUGAUGUCCCUGCGCCCCAUCUGCAGCGCUGCCCACCAGAGCAGUCUCAUGGUCAUCUAUGAGAAGGAGAACUUCAUGGGCCGCAGUGUAGAGCUGUCUGACGAUUACCCGUCUCUGCAGGCCAUGGGCUGGUGCGACAAGCAAGUGGGCUCCAUGCAUGUGCAGUGUGGCGCCUUUGUGUGUUACGAGUACCCUGGCUAUCGAGGACAGCAGUACGUUAUGGAAUGUGACAGGCACAGCGGAGACUACCAGCACUGGAAGGACUGGGGCUCCCACUGCCAGACCCCUCAGAUCCAGUCCAUCCGCAGAAUCCAACAUUAAUGCCUAAGGGAAAAAUGGAAGGAAAUGGAAGGUGUGGAGAGUGAGGAAGCAGAGGAGCCGCAUCAAUCAUUCUAGCAGCAGUCACUUUAUGAGGUGCAGUGUGGCAAAUUGUAAAACCUUCACUGGUUGCAAGUAGUUUCCACUUGUGGUGCUCUGGUACAACACAAACAAAAAAAAAUUCUAAUGGCAUGCAUAUACAGACACACAUCAAUGCUCUUUUGUGAAAAGGCACCAACCCAUAUUUGUAAGUGCACAUCCCCACACAUGAUCCAAGGUAAAGCAGUAGCAGAUAUAUACAAUACAUAUACAAUAUUCUAUUCAACAGAAGCACAGUGGAGGACACCGGGGAGUGAAGAUCAGUAAAUCAAAGCAAGAUGUAUAUCUUUAUAUGCAAACAUGUCAUGCUGUGUGACGUUUGAGUGCCAUAUGGGGACAGAUGGGAGUGUGUGUUAGACCGUUUGGAAGAGAGGAGGAUGAUGGGUGACUAAUAAAUGCAUACUCACCUCAAA